AUGGGAGAGCAGACGGGUUCCAUUCCCCAAUUUCCUUUCCAUAUGUGCGCUGCGAAGACCGGGGCGGUUGGGGCGUACAGCUUUGCCCCAGUAGUGGAGGCGAAGGGUGGCGGAAAGUACUGCUUCACGAUUAAGGUACUGCAAGGCUGCUCCUCACCAUGCUGCACGGUGAACCUGCAUAAAAUUGAGUUCAAUGUGUCAACCAGCUGUCUGGUGCAGCCAGCCGCGGAGGUCAAAGCCACCAUCAAUGGCGUAUACACGCGAAUCGGCCCGUCAUUUGACAGGCCCCUCAACGGCCAAAAUGGCUCUGCCAUUCUGCGGCUCACGCAGCUGGCGCUCGAUGCCGUGACAGCAGCCAACGCGGAGUUGUGCAUCACGCUGAAGGCCAAUAGGGGCGGUCAGGGAUGCACCACCCUGGAGCAGAUGUGCGUGACGCCGCCGGGCGCGCAGGCGGGUGUGUGUGUCGCGGCCAUGUUUGACACCACACGUACUUGCUGUCCCAUCUCACAGACGUUGCCGUCCAUAACACCGCUUCUGGUCAAUCCGCCGCCGCCAUCCCCUCAGCCGCCGCCGCCAUCCCCGCAGCCGCCAUCGCCGCCACCCCCUUCACCGCCGCCACCAUCACCGCCACCGCCAUCCCCGUUCACCCUUGACACGUGCGGGGCCAUUCAGCAACGAAUCUCCACCACCCUGAACGCCGCCAUCGCGGCUACUGGCAUGACCAUGUUUUCGGAGUUUGAGCCCGAUUGGGCGCGCUGCUCCGAGCUCGAGGUCGGCACAUGCGGCACUUUCAAUUCCCCCGAAACAGCCCAGGUGCUCGUGAAUGUGACCCAGGACCUCAUGCCAGGUUGGAUUGCGGAAGCCGCCGGCGGCGACCUUUGCAGUACCGAGCUGGACGGCUACAAGAUCACGGUGACCACCAAUGACGACUCCUGUGUGUUUUUCACCUCCACAUCCAGCUGUGCCAAGACCUACGCGCCCUUCCCGACCUUGACGUGCAACAAGACGCAGGGUGUCCUGCCGUUCGCCAUCGACCCGCGAUACUACCCUCUUCCAGACCAGCCGGGCAAGACCACGAGCGACCUUUGCUUCAUGGUCAAAACCCUUUCGCCGGAACAGAUAGUGCCGGCCUCUUGUGGGCAGACGGGUGACAACUUGGCUAGGAUUGAGUGGCACGCAUUCCAGAAUAUGAGCUCGACGAUCAAGUCAAUUUCUCUGUACCCUCGCACGGGCAAUGUCGUGACGAUUUUCCCCUCGUGGGGCCCCUCGGGGAGCAACACACUCAGAGCUAACAACAUCAACUGGUCGCGUGAUCAAGCCAAUGGCGGUAUGGUCUGCCUCCAGAUGAAGAAGCCAAGGACUACAUUAGAUGACCUCUGCAUCGGCGGAGCUGGCCAGUGCUUCGUAAGCGUGUACAGCAGCAGCAACAGCUGCUGCCCCGUCUUCCGUACGGCCAGGACGCCAUAUGUCGCUGUUGGCCGCCACCGCCGCCAGCAGUAA